UCGUAUUGCGAACGUCGGAUCUCAAAGCACGGGGUUCGGGCUUAGUAAAGGCCGGACGGGGGAGGGCCGAGGGUGCAUUGAUUGGUUAUUUUAAGCAGGGAACUUUGCCGGCGUGGUAAGCGAUCUCCCUCACAUUGGUCUUCUCGUGUCGCUGCACACCAGCUUUGGCCUUCCCGCUUCUGCGCAGCCCGACCCGGCCAAAGCCACUCGGCCUGCCCCCCAGUGUGUUUGUCAAUCGCAAGGAGAAGAAGAAGCAUGUCCGACUACGGAUCUUUGCCGACCAAUGGCGUCGGUGCCGGAGCUAAAAAGGAUGCGUUUGCAGACGCUAUGGAACGAGCCAGACAGAUCGCAGCCAAAAUCAGCGGUGAGACUGCUCAUCUGGCAGGCAACAAUGGAGGAGCAGAGGGGUACCCGUUUUCCGCACAGAAACGAUCGCUCGAAGAAGCAGACGAACCUGAUGCCAAGAAGGUAGCGUCACAGAUUGAAAGAGAUUCUUCUUUGUCCAUCGGAGCGCAACUGGCUGCCCUGUCUCAGCAAAGCAUCAGGUCCUCCACAAUGACAGAAGAGUGCAGAGUGCCUGACGCCAUGGUUGGUCUCAUCAUCGGCAGAGGGGGUGAACAGAUCAACAAAAUACAGCAGGACUCUGGCUGUAAGGUCCAGAUUGCACAUGACAGCGCUGGUACUACGGAACGAAAUGUUUCUUUGACAGGUUCAGCCGAUGCCAUACAGAGAGCCAAGGCACUCAUAGAUGACAUUGUGACAAGGGGCCCCGAUUCGUCCAACGGGCAGUCUGGUUCCAUGCAAGAGAUGAUAAUCCCUGCGGGCAAGGCUGGCCUCAUUAUAGGCAAAGGAGGCGAAACCAUCAAGCAGCUACAGGAACGAGCUGGAGUUAAAAUGAUCCUCAUUCAAGAUGGAUCCCAGCCACCAAACGUGGAUAAACCUCUGCGCAUCAUUGGAGACCCUUUCAAAGUGCAGCAAGCUAAGGAGAUGGUCAAUGAGAUUCUCCGGGAGCGGGAUCACGCCGGUUUUGGAGAAAGGAGCGAAUAUGGCUCAAGAAUGGGCGGAGGCGGAGGCGGAGGUGGAGGUGGAGGCGGAGGUGGAGGCGGAGGCGGAGGGGGCGUUGAUGCAACUGUUCCUCGCCAUGCAGUAGGUGUCGUAAUUGGACGAAGCGGGGAGAUGAUUAAAAAGAUCCAGAGUGAUGCUGGAGUUAAAAUACAGUUUAAACCAGAUGAUGGCACUGCUCCUGAAAAAAUUGCUCAUAUUUCGGGUCCUCCUGACCAGUGUCAACAUGCAGCCUCCAUCAUCACAGAUCUGCUGCAGAGUAUUCGUAACCGAGAUGAGGGAGGCCAGGGGGGCCCCGCUGGUUCAGGGAUGCCACCUGGAGGACGAGGACGGGGUAGAGGCCAGGGCAACUGGGGUCCCUCGGGUGAAGAGAUGACCUUCUCCAUUCCUGCUCACAAAUGUGGACUUGUGAUUGGCAGAGGAGGAGAAAACGUCAAAUCCAUUAACCAACAGACUGGUGCAUUUGUUGAGAUGCUACGUCAGCCACCACCAGAUGGUGAUCCGAGCUUCAAACUGUUCACCAUCAGUGGAACCCCUCAACAGAUAGACUAUGCAAAGCAGCUAAUAGAAGAGAAGAUUGAGGUGCAGUUGUGUCCUGUGGGUGGUGGUCCUGGUCCAGGAGGUCCCGGUGGUUCAAUGGACCCCUAUAACCCCAACCCAUACAAUGCAGGAACCCCUGGUGGAGCACCCCAUAGUGGUGCACCCGGUGGUCCACAGUUCCAUCCUCAGGGCUGGGGGAACAACUACCAGCAAUGGCAGGCCCCUGGGCCACAGGACCCGAAUAAGGCACCAGCAGAUCCAAAUGCUGCAUGGGCAGCCUAUUAUGCACAGUACUAUGGUCAGCAGCCAGGGGGUGCCAUGCCAGCCCAGGCCCCAGGAGAUCCUGGACCACCAGGGGACCAGAACCAAGCAGCACAGGCUGCUGGUGGCCAGCCAGACUACACAAAGGCUUGGGAGGAGUACUACAAGAAGAUGGGCAUGGUUCAGCCUGCAGGAGGAGCAGCAGCUGCUCCAGGAACAGCGGCUGCUCCUGCAGCAGCUGGAGGAGCAGCACCUGGAGGCCAGCAGGAUUACAGUGCGGCCUGGGCAGAGUACUACAGACAACAGGCUGCUUACUAUGGGCAGGGAGGGCAGGCACCCGGGCAACCAGCUGCUCCACAGCAAGGGCAGCAGGCCCAGUAAAGAUGUCAUGACCGUGUGGAUGGUUUUGUUGGCUCCUGGGACUUCUGCUUAUAGAGAUUUCCAUUUUGGCUUCAACAAUUUAAGACCCUUAUUUCACAAUUUCCCUUUUUUUCUUCUUUUUUUUCUUCUUUUUUUUAAAUCAAAACUUGCUAGUUGUCUGAGCUACUAUCCCCCACCCCAUUCCCUCGAACAGAACAAGGGGGAAACUUUUUCUCAUGCAUUGCAACACGGCACUAAAUAAUGUUGAUAGAAUCUGUCUGCUCCUUCAACUCACCCACACUGUGUAAUAAUAAGUCUAAUUUACCUUUUCAAAACAUUGUAAAAUAUGUCUCUUUACUGCAGAGGCUUCACAAUUAUAAAUUUCAAGUUUCACAUUCAGGUUAAUGGUAUCACUUUGCAGUAUGUUUUAUGUUAAAAUUCUGCUUUGAUGGCAACAUUUUUCUUACUUUUGGUACUUUUUAAACCUCAUUUAAAAUAAGUAUCAGUGUUGAAAUUGCAGUUGUAAUUGACCAUGCAUUUCUUAAUUUUUAUUUGAUUCACUGUAAAAAUCAAACAAAAAAAACAAAAGUUUUUCAGAAGGGGAUUGUGUGUGUGUCUGUACUCUGUAAGCAAUAAUGCUACUGAACAGGAGAAUGUGUGCAAGUUUGCUGUAAUAUGGCAUCUCAUAUGUUGGCUGGUUGUGUGUGCAUGUAUGUGUGGGUUUGUCUGCCCUCUGCUUAUUUCUACAACGUAAUUGAUGGACAAUAUUUUUUUCUGUUCCGAUAGGCUCUGUCAUUGUAUUUUGUUGUUUUUUACAGCUUGUUUUUAAAUACUUAAAAUAAAACAUUCAGAUCUAA